ACGAGAAGAAGAAAAAGAAGAGAUGCGCUCCGAGCUGCUGUUUCAAACAAAAUUGUUGCGACGUUUUCAAAGCAUCUCGAAUCAUUUACAAGUGAAAGCAUGCAUUCGGAGCAGGAGGAAGAACAGAAACCUAUAAAGAUAGCGUUUACUGAAGAUUACAGAAAGGACACGAGUGAUCCAGAACCCGUCAGAGUGAAGCAUGAAGAUGCUGAAGAAGAAGGAGAGGUGAUUGAAGAAAACGUUGAGGGAAAAAAUCACUUAAGAACUGAGAAAAAACCUUUGAGUUGCACUCAAACUAAACAGAAAGUUUUAAAGAAAAGAAGAGCCAAGAAAUCUUUCACCUGCACCCAGUGUGGAAAGAGUUUGACAUGCAAAUAUAGUCUUGAUGUUCACAUGAGAGUUCACACUGGAGAGAGACCGUACACGUGUUCACACUGUGACAAGCGAUUCAGUCAGUCAGGAGACCUGAAAAAACAUGCGAGGAUCCACACUGGAGAGAAACCAUACACAUGUGAUCAGUGCGGGAGGAGUUUCAGACUAAAAGGAAGCCUUACGGCACAUAUGACAGUUCAUACACGAGAGAAACUGUUUACUUGUGAUCAGUGUGGAAAGAGUUUCACACAAUCACCAAGCCUUAAGGAUCACAUGAACAUCCAUACUGGAGAGAAACCAUACGCAUGUGAUCAAUGCGGCAAAACAUUUAUGUGGGCUUCAGUACUGAAGAAACACCUGAAUGUUCAUAUGCAAGAGAAGCCACAUCUAUGUUUUUUGUGUGGAAAAGAUUUUCAUGUCAGCAAAAUUUGA